UCCCGGCUCCGGGUCUCCCCGCGCGCCCCACCGCCGCCGGAAGCAUGGACGCGGUCCCCGCGCUGGGGGCCGCGGCGGGCCGCUCGCUGCUGCUGUGCGCCGCGCUGCUGGUGGCGGGCUGCGCCCUGGGCCUGCGCCUGGGCCGCGGGCGGGCGGCGGCCGACCGCGGCGUGCUCGCCUGGCUCUGCUACGACGCCCUGGUGCACUUCGCCCUGGAAGGCCCUUUUGUCUACUUGUCUUUUGUAGGAAACAUUGCAGAUUCGGAAGGCUUGAUUGCUUCAUUGUGGAAAGAAUAUGGCAAAGCUGAUGCAAGAUGGCUUUAUUUUGACCCAACUAUUGUGUCUUUGGAAAUUCUGACUGUUGUCUUGGAUGGGUCUCUGGCAUUGGUCCUCAUUUAUGCCAUAGUCAAAGAGAAAUACUAUCGGCAUUUCAUACAGAUCACCCUGUGCGUGUGUGAGUUGUAUGGCGGGUGGAUGACCUUCUUCCCGGACUGGCUUAUGGGAAGCCCCAACCUCAACACCGACAGUUGGCUCUACUUUGGGGUUUAUCUGGUAUUUUUCAAUAGUGUGUGGGUUCUGAUCCCAGGACUGUUACUGUGUCAGUCAUGGGUAGAACUCAAGAAAAUGUAUUGCAAAGGAACCAGUUCGGGGAAGAAGUUUCAGUGAAUUUUUAAAAUCACAAACACUGGUAUUUUGCUUUAUAAGUCAGAAUGGAUCAAACCUUUCUGUUUGGCCAAAAUGUAAUGCAUUCCAGCAAUGUAAUGUAAUACUUUCCUUUUAUGGUAUUGUUCCUCAAUAGCCUAUUUCACAUUGCUUACAAGGUGGCAAGUCUUUGUUAUGUUUUAUUUUUUUCAAUUACAUGACAAUAUGGGAACAGAGUAAAUUUUAACUUGUGAUAAUAACACGUUUAAUUAUAUGUUUAUGGCUUGCAUUAAUUGUUCCACAUUAAUAAAGCC